CCUGUCUGUCCAGCCCAAACUGUGAUUCACCUUCCCGCCUCAGGGAGGUAGAACUGGUCUGACAGGUGCAGCUUUUAAAAGACAGAGCUGAGCUCCUGAUUCAGUCAGUGGUAGAUCAGACAACUGUUGUAAACCAUGUUUCAUUUGCUGCUGCUGGCCGGUGUAAUUCUGGGAGGAUACAUCAUCCUCACACAGACUCUCUUCAAAAGAUCCAAAAAUAAAGGAAAUGCAGCGAUGGCCGGGAAGACAGUCAUCAUCACAGGAGGGAACACCGGCAUUGGUAAAGCCACAGCUCUGCACCUGGCCAGGAAGGGAGCAAGAGUGAUCCUGGCCUGCCGAAACCGGGACAAGGCGGAGGCAGCCAUCGCAGAUAUACGACAGAAAACAGGAAGUACUGAUGUGCUCUACAUGCCGUUGGACUUGGCCAGUCUGAAGUCCGUCCGUUGCUUCAGCGAAACUUUCCUGAAAUCUGAGUCCAGGCUGGAUCUGCUCAUUAACAAUGCUGGUCUGGUGGCUGACGGCCGGACAGAAGAUGGUUUUGGCAUCCAGUUUGGGGUGAACCACCUGGGUCACUUCCUGUUGACCUGCCUGCUGCUGGAGCGUCUGAAAGAGGCUGGGGGAGGACGAGUGGUCACUUUGUCCUCCAUGGCUCACCGCUGGGGACACAUCGACUUUGAGACUGUGACAGUGAAUAAAGACUUGGGCACGGGAAAAUACAGCUGGCAGUUCUUCCAGGCCUACUGUAACAGCAAACUGUGUAACGUGCUCUUCACCCAUGAGCUUGCCAAGAGGCUGAAAGGAACCAACGUCACCUGCUACAGUGUCCAUCCAGGGGUUGUUCGGACCGAGUUGUCACGUCACGUCAGCCUAUGGCAGAAGAUUUUCAUUGAGCCCAUUGCCCAGUUGCUAUUCUUGGAUCCAGAGACCGGAGCUCAGACAACACUGCACUGCUGUCUGCAGGAGGGAAUCGAACCUCUGAGCGGACGUUACUUCUCCUGCUGUGCCGUACAGGAAGUAUGCGCUCAGGCCCGAGAUGACACAGUGUCCCGAAAACUGUGGGAGGUCAGCAAGACGCUCUGUGGGCUCUCUUAAGGUGGAAUGACAACGAAGGACCUUUUCUCUACCUUAAAUGGAUUUUUAAGUCCAUGAGCGAUGAACCCUCCUUCUGUUAAAAACUGUUUAGUCUGGUGUUGAAGUGUGAUUAAUUGACCUUUAUGUCUUUACCAAUAUUGUAAUAAUAUUAGUAAGAAUAUCUAUUUUGUGAAUGUUUAGUUUUGUUAUGUGGCAUCUUUUAAUUACAGCAUCCCUCUUACAUUGUCACUCCUCACAUAUUAUUGAUCCAAAACACACAACUGGUGCUUUUGUAGAACCACGGUGACCUGUAAAUUGUCAUACAUAUGACAGCAGCCUAACUGAAUGUGGUGAAAAUUGAACUAUAUUGUUGAAACUGUACUCAAGACAUGUCAGGCUGUUCAUAAUCUGUUUUGUGAAUAGAAAGUUCAUUAAAGCAACAUUGCUUAAUGUUUCAUAAACUAAUGUCUGGUAAAUCCUGUUGAUGCUACACUGACUUGUAAUCAGGUGAAUGGUUUCUCUGUCAUUCGUUUGUCUGUUCUCACUUUGUUAACUCAGUUUGUUAGCCGCGCUGCUUGGACUGUGAGCUCAGCUCAACUCAUGCUAAAUCUAUCCCUCUAGUACCAUCACAGCACUUAUUGCUAGACUUAGUCACCCUGUACCAUCAUUGUUUCCCUUUUGUGUACGUUUUAAAUAAAAGUGUCUGCUAAAGGACUAAAUGUAAAUGUAGAAAAGGAGAA